AUGAAGCUGGUUAGCAAAGUGGAUUUCAACACAUGUCCCACCAGCAAUCAAAUAAAUGUCUGCAGAGACAAUAUUUUAAAUGGAAGUAUUCAAGCAUUUAAACGACGCCGUUUUGACCCGGGUGCAAAAUUGGAUAUUAUUUUCGUUGACGAGGAGGGUGUGUCUGAGGGGGCCAUAGAUGAAGGAGGUCCUUCCAGGGAAUAUUUCAGAUUAUUAAUGAAGGCAAUACAGCAUGCUAAAAUCUUUGAGGGGCCUGAACAACGUAGGCACUUAACCCUUGAUACACAUGAUGCGGAGGACAGCCUGAGCAUAAUGGGAGCCCUUCGAAUUGUCAAAUCGUUGCAAGAAAGAGAUUUCUUGGUCCAGUCAGCCUUGGGUUUCUACACCGAUGGACAAGGAGAAUGCAGUCCUCUAACAAUGGAGAUGGUCCUUGAAUUCGCUUCAGGAGCAUCAGCUGUGCCUCCACUGGGGUUUUCUCAACCUCCCCAAAUCCAGUUUCUACAUGGAACUUCAGACUACAAACGUAUAUAUCCUGAGGCCAAUACGUGCCUAAUAAUACUCAGACUGCCACUUCACAACAGCUAUGAUGACUUCAAAACAUACAUGACUGAUGGGAUACUGCAGGCUCCAACCUUUGGCGUUUCCUAA